AUGACACCAGCUCCACGUAUGGUGUACUCCGCAGUGGUGCGCAAUACCGCAUCCCGGCCAGCUAAGUUGAGGGUCAUCUAUGCAAUGCCAAAGGGGCCACAUCAAGAAGAACAGGUACGCGUGGCACCCGGUAAAAGUUUGAAACUAAAUCAGAAACUUGUUCAUCAGGGAAGUGCAGUGUUAACAGGCCACAUUCAACGCAUUCUAAUUGAGGGAGAAAAACAUCAUGCAGCCACUCUUGAGGCCCCAUUCGAAGGUGUGAUUUCUCCAGUAAAGGACUAUCCAUUGGAAAUUGUUGAAGAGAGCGGUUUGUUGAAACUGCGGAGAGCAGUAAGGUAA